AUGAGGUCGCUCGCUUUUGUCCUUCUUCUCCCGCUUAUUGCAAUUUGCAAUCCAUUGCCUGAUUUGAUCCCUAAACGGCGUGUCCAAUCGACUUCAGUUAAGGGAAAGCUGCUCUGCGACGGAAAAGGAUAUGAAAAGGCGAGAAUCAAGUUAUACGAGGUUGAUCCAAUCAAGGACACACUAAUGGCGGAAGGAUUAACGAACGCUGAAGGAGUGUUCGAAAUUUCCGGAAAUGAUACUGAAUGGACAAACAUCGAUCCGAAACUCAAUAUCUAUCACAAUUGCCAUGACGAAGCCAUUGAAUGCUGGAGAAAAGUUGAAAUCACUGUUCCCGAUGAUUUUAUCACCGAGGGCGAAACACCAGCAAAAACGUUUGAUGUUGGAAUUCUCAAUAUUAAUGCUGUCCUUCCUGGAGAGUCAAGGGAUUGUCUUAAUUGA